AUGCUGUCCUUCGACGCAACCCUUGAUAUCAACCAGGCUAUGGUGACCUGCGAAUCUAUCGCUGCCCUUUCGGCGGACGACUUUGUCCUGGACGAAGCAAUGGAGAAAUUUCAAGAGUACGGAUUUAUCAUCAUUCGGUGUGCGCCGGGCAAAGAUGUCACGAACGCAGAGAUCAAACAGAAUGUGUUGGAUCUAAAACCACUCUUCGGUAAUCCAGCUUAUCACAUCCGUGCGGAUAAGGAUGGUGUUUGUCCCGUCGGCACAUUUCAAGCAGUAGACAGCGCCAAGAUGGCGGAAUACAAGUCCAAAAUGGGCGAAGCGAAAUCGCAGACCAACGAUGAGUUCGAGCCACACACCGACAGUUCUUUUCAGCAACGAUCAGACGAAUUCCUGUCAUUGACGUGCUACAACCCUUCAACGGACGGUGGCGAGAGCUACGUAGUUAGUGGGGCAGCAAUCUAUGAACAUGUCAAAGCAGUCUUGACCCCACACUAG